AUGGGAAAAUUGACAUUUAUUCUCAGUGCAUUAAUGACUCAUAGUGAUAAGCUUGGAUUCUUGCAGGCCUUCUGGAGAAUGGAGCUUUUGAGCAAACUACCUUGGUUGGCCCUCGCCAUAGGCUUUCUCUUGGAGAUUCCAGAUGAUGCUGUGAUAUGGAGUGGGCCAAAGAGAGCAGCUUUUAUCAAACAAUUUCUUUCUGAUGUGGCAUGGGGAGAGCUUGACUAUCUCAUUGUAGAUGCACCUCCGGGAGCUUCUGAUGAACAUAUCUCAGUGGAGCAGGCCCUUUGCCAACAUAAACCUGAUGGAGCUCUGUCGGUUACAACACCUCAAGCAGUAUCUAUAGGAGAUGUGAGAAGGAAAUUGACAUUCUUUAAGAAAACUGGAUUACCUCUCAUUGGAAUAAUUGAAAACAAGAGUGUCUUUGUCGGCCUAAACUGUUCAGAAUGCACUAAUGUAUUUUCCAGGCAAAGUGGAGAAGCACUUUCUGGGCAGUCCGUUGUUCCAUUUCUAGGAUGUGUUCCUCUAGAUCCUCAACUGAUGCAUAGAAUGGAAGAAGGUAGAGAUUUCAACCAAGCCUUUCCAAAGAGUGCAACUUUUGAUGCCAUUAAUAAAAUAGUGGAGAAGAUUGUAAACAAUGAUAGUGAAUUCUCUGGACAUGAUACAUAA